CCGGAUGCUGCUGGGGACCGCGCUACGCUGCUUCCUGGCCGCCCGCAGCAUGUCCGCGAUGCCGGAGCCCCGGGCUGAUCCCCGGCCGGAGGAGGACUCCAGCCCCGGGGGCAGAGCCGAGCGCUUGCUGCCGGAGCUGAGAGCCGUGGCCGGGGCUCUGAGAGCGUCCAGCAGCCCCGAGCAGCAGCGGCAGUCCCUGGCGGAGAUGCAGAGCCUGGUGGAUGAGGCUUGGGCGCUGCCCGGGAUCGGCAGGGACCUGGCAUCCGCUCUGUGUGAGCAGCUCCGCCUGGAGCGGGUCCUGGAGCUGCUGCUCCAACUGGUCCGCGGGCCCGAGCUGCUCUCCCGUUAUCCCGCAGCAUCCCUCCUGGAGCAGGUCCUCAUCCCCGGCAACAGGGACUGGGUGGCUCGCUGUGGCCUGGGCGUGAUUCUGGAUCUGGCCAAUGACCGUGAAGAUGCCCAGCUGGCGAGGGUGCUGUCUGGGAUCCUGCAGCACAUGUUCAAACACACCGAGGGUACAUCCCACCUGCUGAUCACCAAUGGGGGCCUGGACUACAUCCUGUACUGGUGCCGUAGCCAGGACCCCAUCAUCCUGCAGCACUGUGCCAUAGCCCUUGCCAACUGUGCCAUGCACAGUGGGCCGACCAACCAGAGGCUGAUGAUUGAAAAGAAGACCGCGGAUUGGCUGUUCCCGCUGGCCUUUUCCAAGGACGAGCUAGUGCAGUUUCAUGCCUGCCUGGCCAUCACUGCUCUGGCAACCAACAAAGAGCUGGAGAAGGAGGUGGAGAGCUCAGGUACACUGGAUCUGGUGGAGCCCUUCAUCGCCUCCCUUCACCCCGAAGAGUUUGCCAACAACUGGCUGCAUAGCAGGGAUAAUGCCCAAGGCCGCAAUGCGGAUGACCUCCAGCGGCUGGCACAGCUCCUGGACAGUUCAAGAGUCGAGGCACAAUGUACAGCCGCUUUCUACCUAAGUGUCGAAGCUGACAUCAAAUUACAGCAGAAAAAGACCCAGAUAUUCCAUGAAAUUGGAGCCAUAUCAGGUCUAAAGAGACUGGUCAGUUACUCCAGCAAUGCCACAGUUUCCACUCUCGCCAAGAAGGCAUUGGAGCUGAUGGGGGAGGAAGUCUCAAAGAAGUUGUCCCUCAAUGUGCCAAACUGGAAAGCUGCUGGAGUUCAGACCUGGCUGCAGCAGAUUGGCUUCAGCAUUUACAGCGAGAGAUUCCUGAGCCUACAGGUUGAUGGGGAUCUCCUGCUGCUGAUUACGGAUUCAGAAUUACGGGAAGAUGUGGGAAUGACAUCCAGCAUCACCCGCAGAAGGUUUCUCAGAGAAUUGAAGGAAUUGAAGACCUAUGCGAACUACUCGAGCUGUGACCCGAGUAACCUGUCCGAUUGGCUGGCGAGUGUUGACCCUGGCUAUCGGCAGUAUACCUACAAUCUGGUGCAUUGUGGGAUUGAGCGGGCCACUUUACACUCAGUGACAGACGAACAGCUCGAGUUGGAUUGUCGGAUUGAGACAGGAUUCCAUCGAGCGAGGAUCCUCGCUGCAGCACAUGAGUCGCUGCCUCCCAGUGUGGGCAAUCUGUUUCACCUGCCCCCCACUGAAGACCCCGAUGUUUUCAUCAGUUACCGGCGGACCACCGGCUCCCAGCUCGCCAGUCUGUUGAAGGUUCACCUGCAGCUUCGAGGGUUCAGUGUCUUCAUUGAUGUGGAGAAGCUGGAGGCUGGCAGGUUCGAGGAUAAACUUUGUCAGAGUGUGACCAGAGCAAAGAACUUCGUUCUGGUGCUUUCAGCCAAUUGUCUGGACAAGUGCAUGGGAGACACUGAGCGGAAAGACUGGGUGCACAGGGAAAUUGUGAUGGCGAUGACCUCGAGGAAGAACAUAGUGCCCGUGGCUGACAGUUUCACCUGGCCAGAUCCCAGCUCCCUGCCCGAGGACAUGAGGGGCAUUCUCAAGUUCAACAGCAUUAUGUGGUCUCACGAAUACCAGGAUGCCAGCAUCGAGAAAAUUUUGCGCUUCCUUCACGCUCCUGCCCAGAAUAACCACCCGCUUGGUCCAGCAGACACCGGCUUGAAGACCGUCCCACCGCACCUCAGCUAAGCCACAGCUCGGGACUGAGCCACACUCCACCUGACAGUCAUGGAUAGGACAGCUCUCGGACAUCACUCCCUCCUCCUCAAACACUGGUAGCAAUCAUUGUGCAUCAAGGCAACAGCUAUGUAGCACAGAGAUAAUAGGAACUGCUGAUACUGUGGAGCUGGACGAACACUGCAGGUCAAGCAGCAUCAGAAGAGCAGGAAGGCUGACAUUUCGGCCCUAGACCCUUCUUCAGAACUGGGGUCUACGGCCGAAACGUCAGCCUUCCUGCUACUCUGACGCUGUGUUCAUCCAGCUCUACACCUUGUUAUCUCAGAUACUCAUAUAAUCAGGGGCCAGCAUAUGGCUUUGGCCGUGAUGUUUGGGAGCAGCUCUGUCUCUGGCUGGUCUUGGAUGUUUCUCAGUGAGUUGGAAUCAGGAGGGGAAGCGGUAGACGCCUGAGUAGUUUUCCUUGUGAGGCGAAUGGGGGAGAUUCCUGUGGACAUCCCAACCUGUCAGCAAUGCAGCAAAGCUCUAUUGUUUCGCUGGUCGGAUGUUGCUGGUUCUAGUGAGGGCAAACGCUGUCCUCUCUGUUGUGGGAACCAUACAGGAGUGCAGCCCACUGCUGGUGACACUAGUGCAAGCCCUGCACACAUUUCUGCCAUCAUCCACCAACCUGUGGUAAUGAAAGCUCAGGGACGAUUACAGUAGGCAGGGCAUCUGCUUUGAGAUGGUGAAUCAUAGAAUCCCUACAGUGUGGAAGCAGGCCAUUCGAUCCGAGUCCACAUUGACCCUCUGAACAGCAUCCCACCCUGACCCAGCCCCUACCCUAUCCCCGUAAUCCCCAUAACCGAACCACCCUAACCUGCACAUCUUUGGACUGUGGGAGGAAACCAGAGCACCCGGAGGAAACCCACGCAGACACGGGGAGAACGUGCAAACUCCACACAGACAGUCGCCCGAGGCUGGAAUCGAACCCGGGUCCCUGGUGCUAUGAGACAGCGUUGCUAACCACUGAGCCACCGUAAUUCACACUCAGGGAUAUCCUCACAUUGCUCUCGGCCAUUCACACUCUCAUAGCUCGCCUUCCAAAUACCCUCUACACUCCCUGAAAUUCAGGUCACCUCUGUUCCACACAGUGACCCCGGUCAGAGAUCCCCUCUCUACCUCCCACCAACACCACAUUCCCCCUACCCCACCCCCCACUCACAAUUACCCUUCCCCAGACAGGGUCCCACUCCCUGCCACUCAUUACAUGGGGCCCCUCCCUCCACAGGGUCAUGCAAAUCUAACCAGGGAAGAGGUUAUUUUCAAUCUUGUCUUGAAUGAAGCAGGGUUCGUUAGUAAUCUCAUACUCAGGGAUCCUCUGGGGAAGAUUGAUCAUAAUAUGGUAAAAUUUUGGAUUCCAGUGAGUCGUGACAUAGUUCAUUUGAGGGUAAAGUAGUAAAUGUAUUUACAGCCACUCAUGAGGGAUGAGUUGGCUAAUGUAGACUGGAAUAGUUGAUUUAGAAUGUGACCAUUAGUGAACAUUUUAAUAAAUAUUUCAUAAUUCUCAAUUCCUCAACGUUUUGCUAAACAAACACACCAAGUUUGUACCUGGAAGAGAAAUACCGAUGUAAAAGGGAACAAUGAGUUUGUACGGCUUACAUAAGAAGAGUGCUGAUUGGAUGGUUGAGUGGGCUAUGGUUGGGAGAAGCAUUUCCAUGAAUAGUGCUUGAAGCAAGCCUGGUAGUUAACUGACAAUCAGAAAUUCCCAUCUCUCAGGUUCUUUGUAUUUUCCUCAUCCUUGACAAGGAUUUGCUCUGUCCCUCCUAUCCUCUUUCAUCUCUUGCCUCUGCAUCCUGGUUCCUCCAUCUGCCGCCCGCUGUCUUACCCCUCAGCUAGCUCAGUCUGUGUAUUAACGGUCUUUAUGCUCCUUUAGCCAACAUUGCUACUUAAUCAUGUAUGAGCUGAAAUAGGUUUACUGUUCUAAUUGAUCCCUCUUCCUGUGCCUUUAUUAACUCGGUGCGAGUAUGUAUAACCUGCCAGAAAUGAGACAUGUACAGAUCAGAUUCUGACCGCUGCCUGAAUUUAUUCCAAAUGCCUUCAAAUCUCUCUUUCCCAUUCAGGAGCAUGACAUUGAAAUAAUCAACUGAACUAUUUACAGCGCAAUUUAAUUCAAAGAAAUCAUUUAUAGCUGAUUUUGUGAAGCAAAUUCUUCAAUAAAAUAUCUUCAUGACAAGAGAGAUUCGAACAUCGCA